AUGGCAGAAUUAUCAUCUGGAAAGACACCAUUUUAUAAUAGAAGCCAUAAUUCAAAUUUAGCAUUAGAUAUAUGUGAUGGACUUAGACCUGAAUUUGGAAAAGGAACUCCUGAAAUUUAUAAGAAAUUAGCAUAUAAAUGUAUGAAUGCUAAUUCAAUUGAAAGACCAACAGCUGAUGAAUUAUAUCAAGUUGUAAAUCUUUGGAAUGAUAUUCUUAAUGGUAAAUUUUUAGG